AAUUUUGACCUUCCUUCCGGUUGGCUCCCGCCCCACGUAGCCAUUUUGCGUUUCCUGGACAAAAAAGGGGGUUAGAUAGAAAGACAAUCAGUCCCAUACUAAAACUAGUCUUCAAAUCAUACCGAGAAUCAAAAGUGCGGAUGUAACUGUGCAAUAUGAUAGGCGCGGGAGCGGGCGAGCAGGUACACCAGCCGCGGCCCGUAUUCAAAGAGGAAACAUUUGGCUAGCUGGCUAACGAACCGUUAGCGAAAGAGUGAGAUAAAGACUUCAUAGACACUAAAGUGUUGUACGACGUUCAUAAUUAUCAUAUUAUACUCUUAAGCACGCUAGAAGGCGGACGUUGGUAGAAAUAUGGACCGUGUGUUGAUUUGAAACGUCGCAGCGGAGAAAAAACAGCAAACGCCACGGUUAUUUGCGGAGGAAGCCGGAUAAGUGUUUAUUCACCGGGAAUAAAGCGCAGGAUCGCAGCACACCACGGAGCCAGUCAUGCCUGCCAGUGUGCGUACUGGGACCCCGAAGGACUCCGAGGUGUCUGAGCUCUUCUACAGGGAUGAUCCUGAGAAGCUGUUCACUGAUCUCCGCGAGAUCGGUCAUGGCAGCUUUGGAGCCGUGUACUUUGCUCAUGAUGUACGUUCCAACGAAGUGGUGGCCAUCAAGAAGAUGUCGUUCAGUGGCAAGCAGUCUAAUGAGAAAUGGCAGGACAUCAUAAAGGAGGUGAAGUUCUUGCAGAAGCUCAGACACCCCAAUACCAUCGAAUACAAAGGGUGCUACCUCAGAGAGCACACAGCAUGGCUGGUGAUGGAAUACUGUCUAGGAUCAGCCUCUGAUCUUUUAGAGGUGCAUAAAAAGCCUCUGCAGGAGGUGGAAAUAGCUGCUAUUACCCACGGUGCACUUCAGGGCCUCGCCUACCUUCACUCUCACAACAUGAUACACAGAGAUGUGAAGGCAGGUAAUAUUCUGCUAACUGAGCCAGGUCAGGUGAAGCUUGGAGAUUUUGGCUCUGCCUCAAUUGUUUCUCCUGCCAACUCUUUUGUGGGUACACCUUACUGGAUGGCCCCAGAAGUGAUUCUAGCCAUGGACGAGGGGCAGUAUGAUGGGAAGGUGGACGUCUGGUCUCUUGGCAUCACCUGCAUCGAACUAGCUGAAAGGAAGCCACCCUUGUUCAAUAUGAAUGCUAUGAGUGCCUUAUACCACAUUGCGCAAAACGAAAGCCCUGUCCUGGCGUCAAACCACUGGUGA